CUGUUGGGGUGUAUAAAUGUAUCUAACUACACAUUAAACACUGAGACCUGUUAGGGUGUAUAAAUGUAUCUAACUACACAUUAAACACUGAGAUCUGUUGGGGUCUAUAACUGUUCCUGUGGUGUUGGAGGUCUUCACUGUAGUAGACUGGAUCAGCUCCUCUGUCCCUCACUCAUCUCUCUCUCCUCUCUCUGUACCUAGUGACCCUGUUCAUCAGAACGUCAUGGUGUUGGAGGUCUUCACUGUAGUAGACUGGAUCAGCUCCUCUGUCCCCCACUCAUCUCUCUCUCCUCUCUCUGUACCUAGUGACCCUGUUCAUCAGAACGUCAUGGUGUUGGAGGUCUUCACUGUAGUAGACUGGAUCAGCUCCUCUGUCCCUCACUCAUCUCUCUCUCCUCUCUCUGUACCUAGUGACCCUGUUCAUCAGAACGUCAUGGUGUUGGAGGUCUUCACUGUAGUAGACUGGAUCAGCUCCUCUGUCCCCCACUCAUCUCUCUCUCCUCUCUCUGUACCUAGUGACCCUGUUCAUCAGAACGUCAUGGUGUUGGAGGUCUUCACUGUAGUAGACUGGAUCAGCUCCUCUGUCCCCCACUCAUCUCUCUCUCCUCUCUCUGUACCUAGUGACCCUGUUCAUCAGAACGUCAUGGUGUUGGAGGUCUUCACUGUAGUAGACUGGAUCAGCUCCUCUGUCCCCCACUCAUCUCUCUCUCCUCUCUCUGUACCUAGUGACCCUGUUCAUCAGAACGUCAUGGUGUUGGAGGUCUUCACUGUAGUAGACUGGAUCAGCUCCUCUGUCCCUCACUCAUCUCUCUCUCCUCUCUCUGUACCUAGUGACCCUGUUCAUCAGAACGUCAUGGUGUUGGAGGUCUUCACUGUAGUAGACUGGAUCAGCUCCUCUGUCCCUCACUCAUCUCUCUCUCCUCUCUCUGUACCUAGUGACCCUGUUCAUCAGAACGUCAUGGUGUUGGAGGUCUUCACUGUAGUAGACUGGAUCAGCUCCUCUGUCCCUCACUCAUCUCUCUCUCCUCUCUCUGUACCUAGUGACCCUGUUCAUCAGAACGUCAUGGUGGAUGGAAAAAGAUGCUCUCUUCAGCAGCGGUGA